AUGUGGCCGCCCCCGUGGAUGGCCGCCUGGCUGGCGUGGGCCUGUGUGGCCGGGGCUGGGCGCCCGGCCCCGCUCUGCGCCGCCCGGGGACUCUGCGGGGCUCCUCUCGGCCUGAACGCCUCGCAGCCCGAGCCGGGUCACUGCCAGCGGCGGCGGGGGGUGGCCGACCUCUGCGCGUGGCCCCUCUCCUCCCAGAGCCUCCUCGAUCCUUUUCCAAUUGAUGUGAUCCAGGAAAAUUACAUUCGUAAUGUGAGAAACUGCCUUUUUUCAGUUGUCUAUCCUACACCUUUUAAAUCUAGAGUUCGUCUUGUAGCUGUUUCAAAGGACGUUCUUGAAAAUAUUUUGGAUCUUGGUAUAUCUGUCAAAGGAACAUCUGAUUUUCUUCAGUUCGUCAGUGGUGGGAGAGUGGUUCUUGGGACUGUUCCACUGGCCCAUAGGUAUGGGGGUCAUCAGUUUGGUAGCUGGGCAGGUCAGCUGGGUGAUGGAAGAGCCCACUUGAUUGGAGUAUAUACAAACAGGCAUGGUGAGAGGUGGGAACUACAGUUAAAAGGGUCAGGAAAGACUCCAUACUCCAGGAAUGGCGAUGGAAGAGCUGUGCUUCGCUCUUCAGUGCGAGAAUUUUUGUGUAGUGAGGCCAUGCACUAUCUUGGAAUUCCUACAAGCAGAGCUGCUAGCUUAGUUGUAAGUGAUGAUGAUGUGUGGAGAGACCAGUUUUACAAUGGAAAUAUUAAAAAAGAAAGAGGUGCAAUAGUGCUACGUCUUGCCAAAUCAUGGUUUCGUAUAGGAUCCUUAGAAAUCUUAGCUCAUUCUGGGGAACUGGACUUACAAAGAAGAUUGCUAGACUUUAUCAUCCAGGAACAUUUUCCAUCAAUACCCAUGAAUGAUUCAAAUAGAUAUCUGGAAUUUUUCUCUACAGUCGUAUCAGAGACUGCAAAUCUGAUUGCAUUGUGGAUGUCUGUGGGGUUUGCACAUGGUGUGUGCAAUACAGAUAACUUCAGUUUAUUAUCCAUAACAAUAGAUUAUGGUCCAUUUGGAUUUAUGGACUCCUAUGACCCAAAUUUUGUUCCAAACACAUCUGAUGGUGAAAGGAGGUAUAAAAUAGGAAACCAGGCAAAUGUUGGGCUCUUUAAUCUGAGCAAGCUGUUACAAGCUCUAAAACCUUUAUUGGAUCCCAGGCAAAAGAAGCUAGCUUCCCAGAUUUUGGAGGGGUAUGGUGAGCGCUAUUACAUCCGUUUCACAGAACUAUUCAAAACAAAAUUGGGUCUUCUUGGGGAGAAUGAGGAUGAUAACUAUUUGAUUGCUUUCCUCCUAAAACUUAUGGAAGAUACAAAGGCUGAUUUUACAAUGACGUUUCGACAGCUCAGUGAAAUUACUGAAGACCAGUUAAAGAUGCUCCAUAUACCUGAGGACUUCUGGGCUCUCCAGGAUCUGGGUAAACACAAGUUAUUUUCAGAAUGGGUUACUAUGUACCUCUUGAGAUUAAAUCGUAACAAGGGUGAUUCAGACACCAAGAGAAGAACAAGAAUGACAACUGCUAAUCCUAGAUACAUACUUAGGAAUUGGAUGGCAGAAUCAGCAGUGCAAAAAGCUAAUUUGAAUGAUUUCUCAGAGGUUCAUCUCCUAGAGCAGAUUUUACAACAUCCCUUCCAGAGACAGCAGGCUGCAGAGAAAGCAGGCUACUCCCUGCGCCCCCCAGCUUGGGCCAAGGAUCUUAAAGUAAGCUGUUCAUCCUGAGAGAAGUUUGACCAAGCAAGAAAACUGAUCAAGGUCAAAGCUCAGGCCUUCAAAUAGGAUUAAUGGAUCAAGCCACAGGAGCUUCUCUCCCUUAUACUUUGUGAACUGGAAUCUGCUACAAGGUCUUGACCAACUUUAUAAAGUCUAAAGAUUAAAGAAAUGGACCACUAUGUAUGGUUGCAUCAGCAAAUUAUAUUGGCACUUAUAACUCUGCCCUUCAUAUUCAGCUGGGCAUUAAUCUGAGUCCCAGUAUUUAAGAUCUGCCAAACUGUUACACUUAACCUCUCGGAAUUCAUGGCUGAUCAGAUGGGUCUCAGUAACUUUUAAUGGCUGGUCAAUUUAAAAUCCAUCUAAACUAGUUUUAAUUGUGCAGUAUUUUGAUGAAUAUUCUUCUUGCUGUUACACACUGUUCAAAUGUAAUUGUAUUCUGAAGACAUAAAUGUUCUUAAGUCUUUUGCAGAGUUGGUACAGAGGAUCAUCUUACACUUAUACCUUGCCACAUUUUCUCUUUUUGACCUUGUUUUGUCCCAUUAAACUGCCAACAAAGAUUUGAAGGAAAUUCAGUUAAAUCGUGAGCAAAGGUAUCUGUCUUGGGAGUGACUUACCCAAAAAUAAAUUUUAGUGUCUUUGCCAGUGUCAGGUGCCUGUUAAGCCUGGCCCACUGCUCUUCGAAAGUGUAUCUUUUGAUAGUAGUAGAAUGAUUGUUGGUGCAUUGAUACAAUGCCUCAGGAAAUUUUCCCUGGUUGUACAUGGAAAAGGACUUUCUUGGAAGUAUCUCACUAGGUAUGUGGUCAGGUCAAGAUACCUUUUAUAUCCAGCCACCUGUUGCUGUAAGGAACUAACAGAAAUCUUGCAAGGAAAGAUUUAAAAUUCAACUGAAGCUGUUACAUAGAAGUCCUUUGAGUAAAAGAGAGAGACUAGUCUUUGAGUCCUGGGUCUUGUUAUUUAUCCUUGUUUGAUAGUCCAAUUCCACAUCACAAAACUUAGUGUAUAAUUAAGCCAAAAUUAAUACCUAAGCAAUCAGGUCCAAUGUUGUUACGCUAGAAAAUUUACAGCAAAAAUCACUUAUUUGGGGGCUUUGUUACUUCUUGACAUUACCUCAUCUCUUCCCAAAUCCAAAAUGGAUUGGUUUAGAACCUCCAAAUUUCUUGAGUACCACUUGAUUCUGAAAUAGAGGCUAUUAAGUGGUAUAAUUAGCAUUUCACAAAUCUAUUUCUAGAUAUAUAAUUAGUGUGGAAAAAAAUUUAUAUUAUUAGAAAACUUUCAGUGACUAAGAAGUAUUUGAAUGCCUUUACUUCUUAACUAUAAUCAACACAAUUAUUCAGGAUGGUUUCCCCUCAGAUAUACAGCUGUUCAAAUAUAAAUAUAGUUGUUCAAAUAUAAGUAGUAGUAUCAUAAUGUGAGGAACAAUAUAGAUAUUUAAAUAUAGUUUUCUGAAAUCCAGUCUGAAGUUUAAGCAACUUACACAAGUUCAGCCUGGCUUAACAUUCCUUGUGCAGGUAGCAAGUGCUCUUCUGCAACCACUGGAAUUAGUGUUUGAGCUGGCAACACCUCCAGGUAAGAGGAGUGGGCUGCUGGGGGAUGCCUGUAAAAGCCCUUCAGCAGUGGGCUACGUUCCCAACCUAUAGAAACACUGGCGUUGAGGUCUUUUCUCAGCUAAUUACAAGCAAAAUAGCAUGUUGUGAUGAAAUGUGAGAACAUCAACAUUACCAACUGCAUGGAAUGAGGUACACUGCAAGUAAGUGAUGAUUUGAAGAUGAACGUAUUUGUGCCCACAGGGUAAAUACAGCAGCACUGCAACUUGGGCCCUGGUUUCCAAUUAGGUGAAAGGAAAGAACUCUAAUUUAUGUUAAACCAAACAUCUGGUAAGUUUCUUUUGUGUGUAGGCCUGUACAUCUUUACCUCAUGGAGUAAUUGUAUAAAUACAAAGCAUUUUUAUACUGCUUUUUUCUUCAAAGCAUUUUUAUAAAUGUUAAAUCCUGUUAGUAGCAAGCAGACCUCUGCUUCACCCAUAGUUACAGGUAAAGCAAGCCUCCAGAAUCAUGAAAUAAUACCAGGGCAUCCCAAAUGGGAUCAAUUUUACAAGCAGUGAUAUGUACUGUCCACUGUGCUCACUGUGAGGCUUUUCUUAGGUUCUUGAAAAACAUCUGAAAGAAUGAAGCAAGCCCCAAAAAUUGGUUUCACAUGUUCCUCUGGCUGCAGAGAGUAGGUC